GCGGCGGGCCCUCAGGCGAGAGGGCGCCGGAGAGGAGGCGGCGGCGCGGCGGCGAGGGCGCGGCGCGCGAUGGCAGCUGCCUAGCCCGGCGGGCGCGGAGCAGCCCCGAGCUGUGGCUGGCCCGACGGUACGGCUGGACGGGCGACGCCGCCGCAGCCCGGCCGGGAGAGAUGAGCGCCGACGCCGGCGAGGGCAUCACUUUCUCCGUGCCGCCCUUCGCCGCCUCGGGCUUCGGCUCCUUCCCUGAGGGCGGCAGCUGCCGGAGGGGAGCCGCGGCGGUGGCCGAGGGCGAGGAGAAGCCAAUUCCGCCGCCGCCGGCGGGCAGCUUCUGGAACGUGGAGAGCGCCGGCGCCCCGGGCAGCGCCGCGUGUCCCGCAGCCGCCCCCGGGAGCGGCGCCUCGCGGUGCCGCGGCAGCUCUGGGAGCGUGGCCGGCCGGCGGACCACGGUGGCGUACGUGAUCAACGAAGCGAGCCAGGGGCAGCUGGUGGUGGCGGAGAGCGAGGCCCUGCAGAGCCUGCGGGAGGCGUGCGAGGCGGUGGGCGCCACCCUGGAGACGCUGCAUUUUGGCAAACUGGACUUCGGGGAGACGGCGGUGCUGGACCGGUUUUACAAUGCAGCUCUCUGCUGUGGCCUGGGAAAGCAGUGGAAGAUGAACUAAGUGCUUGGGCCCCUGCACCCAAGUGGGAGACCCAGAAGAAUCUCCUGGCUUCGGAUCAGCUCAAGCUGUGGUUGUUUGGGGAGUGAACCAGCGAAUGGAAGAUCUCUCUCGCUCUCGAUCUCGAUCUCUCUCUCAAUCUCUCUCUCUCUCUCUCUCUCUCUCUCUCUCUCUCUCUCGAUCUCUUUUUCUGUAACUCUGCCUUUCAAAUAAAUAAAAAUAAAUCUUUAAAAAGAUGUGAUGGAAUGAAGAUGUGCUGUCCAAACCUUUUGUUUUUCUAAACAGAGUGCCAUGGAGAGGGGUGGUUGUAGAAGUUAACUUUCUUCUGAUGUCUUAGAGGGCUUAUUCCUCCUCCAACAGAGACUGGCCAACUUUUUCUGUAAAGGAGCAGAGAGUAAAUAUUUGAGGCUUUGUUUUUUGAGCUGUUGCUCACCACUACUCAGCACUGCCAUUCUUACUCCAAAGCAGCCAUGAGCAAUGCCUAAACAAAUGAUCAUGGCUGCAUUCCAAUAAAACUUCAUUAAUGGAUGCUGUAAUUUGAGUUUCUUGCCUUUCUCAGAAUAUUAUUUUGAUUUUUUUCAACCAUUUUAAAAUGUAAGAACCAUUCUUAGCUUGCAUUCUCAGCUCGCAGACAGGCAGCUGCAGGCCCCUGGGCCAUGCUGACCUUUUUCUGUCCACCCACUACCUGCCCAUGAUAGUUGAGUCAUUGUGAUGGAGUGGGAAGAACACUGACCCUCAAGUUAGAGCCGAGUUUUUGUCCCAGCUCUGCUGUGAAUCGUGUAAUUGCUAGA